UCUCCAGUCGUCGACGGUGAGAGAUACUUUAGCGACCGCAGCGCCCGCAUCUCGUGUCGCGCGUACCGAGCCGAGCUCACGAGCUGUGAGGAAGUCCGUUUAAACCGUUCAUGAUUUGACACACAGCGGGAUUGUGGGUGCAUCCUCGAUAAAAAUCGUUUCACGCUCGGACAUUGCUGAUCAGGGAUAUCAUAUUUGCAAGUGAUAUGAAGAAGGAAAGGCCGUGACAGAGAGGGAAUCUGAAGACUUAAAGUAGCCCCGGUGAAUGCAGAAACAUGCCUUCAGCUACCGGUGUGUAAGACUCGCACGAAACACGUUCGAUUUCUCUACUUGCGACGUACAGGAACUUAGUAAUCGUACAUAUGAUAGUAAUUGUACAUCUGUUUGCGGUAACGACACACAUGUAGAUUGAGGAUAUGGAAGCAAAGUAAAUAAAAGGCGAGUUCCAAGUGGAUGAAAAUAUAGAUGCGAUAAAGGAGAGGUCUCGUGUGACAAUGUGCGGGACCAACCAAAUAGGGCAGCAGAAGGGAGGGGGGAAUAUGCCCAGUAAUGAAGAAUGUGGAAUCAGAGAUGUAUGGGGACACAAUCUAGAAGAGGAGUUUCGUACAAUUCGUCAAGUUGUACAACAGUAUCAGUAUAUCGCAAUGGAUACAGAAUUUCCGGGCGUUGUAGCUAGGCCUAUUGGAGAAUUCAGAACUAACGCCGACUAUCAGUACCAGCUCUUACGUUGCAAUGUAGAUCUUCUGCGAAUAAUUCAACUUGGUCUCACAUUCCUUGACGAGUCGGGGAAUACGCCGGGCGGUAGCUAUACAACAUGGCAAUUUAAUUUUAAAUUCAACUUACAUGAAGACAUGUAUGCACAGGAUAGUAUAGAUAUGCUACAAAAUAGUGGUAUACAGUUCAAGAAACACGAAGAGGAGGGUAUCGAUCCUUUAGAGUUCGCUGAGCUAUUAAUGACAUCGGGAAUUGUUCUUGUCGACGACAUAAAAUGGCUGUCCUUUCAUUCUGGCUAUGACUUCGGUUACUUAUUGAAACUCCUGACGGAUCAAAAAUUGCCACAGGAGGAAAGUGAAUUUUUCGAGCUUCUUAGGAUAUACUUUCCGACGAUAUAUGAUGUAAAAUACUUAAUGAAAUCGUGCAAGAACCUGAAAGGUGGUUUACAAGAAGUGGCAGAACAGCUGGAAAUUCAAAGAGUAGGUCCUCAGCAUCAAGCCGGAUCUGAUUCCCUUCUUACUGGAAUGGUCUUUUUUAAAAUGCGAGAAAUGUUUUUCGAAGAUAAUAUUGAUGACGCGAAGUAUUGUGGACACCUGUACGGUCUGGGAACGUCAUUUGUCAUGAAUGGAUCCGGUGGAUAUAUGGACAGUAAUGGAGAUAAUGCCUCGACGUCGUAAUGUUAAAGAAAGAAUCAACCGUAACAGAGAGAUUAUUUCAUUACAAAUAAAAUAUUAUGGAAAAGUCUUUUCACUUAAUGAUGAAGUGUAUGGUUCAUAUCCGCAAUGUUAUAUUGACAUUAUUGCUGUAGGUUCCACACGAAGGACAAUUUAGACGUGUCUCUUUAAGAUCUCUCUCUCCUUUUUUUUUUUAAUUCUUUUGAAUUCUUUCUGUGACUCUUGUAGAUUUCUUCUGUGAUACGUACCAUCAGUCGAAAAGAUUUACAACACCGAACAACAUGAAAAAAAAAGUGUAAUAUAAUUCUUUUGUGAACAUUUGGACAAUAUUGAUAUAUAAGAUGCCGUCGCAGUACAAAAAUUCCAUAAUUUCCCCUACUUUUAAGAUCCUUGCAGUCUAUACAUAUCUAACUACUCGAAUGAUGCAUAAAGAAAACGAGAAAAUUGCUUAACAUAGCCAAACCAAACAUGAUUACAACUGAAUGUAUUGGUAGUGUUCGGUGCGUUCGGCAUUUACAAGAAUACUUCAUAGGAUACCGCCAAUAACCGAUUCUUCCAGUUUGUUACAAGCAUUAGAAGCAGGUAUACAUUUAAUUAUUGUAUUAUACAAUUAAUACGAUUAAUCGUAUAAUAAAAAUGUGUUUUUCUCUUUUAUUGUAUAAAAAAAAUAGAUUUGCUUGUUGAAUGCGAACUCGUCGAACAUUACCGAUGCACCUUGUACAUGCUACACUAUACGCAGACGUAUCUAUUACUGUUGAUAUGUAUAUUUAUUCUAUGAUGCAUUUGUAACGCGAUACAUUUUAAACGCGAAAAAUUCGUAUAUACAUUUUUUUUUAAUGCAAUGGAGAGAAGUAACAUAUACCGUUUUUAGGCUGUCCAGGUUUUGUUUUUUUUUUUUUGUUUUUUUUUAGAUUGAACCAUAUGAAAUAUUGAUAUAAGAGCAUCAUACAUUUUUAUUAUACAUAUAACGGAUACCGUAAGUGAUGCGUUCGUGUAAAAAAAAAGUAUUAGUAAUACGACUUUUAAAGAUAAAGUAGCCUUCAUAUAAUAUUUGCUAUAUAUACUGCACGUGUUUUAUUGUAAAACUUGUCGCCCGCAAGAAAAUGCAAGAGAGGAAAAAAAAAAGAAUUUUGGUACAUUUUCGAGCUAAUCGUACUAAAAGUAUCUGCUUUGUAAAUAUGACAGUUGCAAAAGUCGAAUAAAUAAUUUGCCUCUAAAAAAAAAA